AAAACGGAAAAAAUACCAAGAACCCACCUAAACUUCCUUCUUCACUUGCGUAGUUUCAGUAACCCUCUCUCUCUCUCUCUCUCAAAGUCCAAGAUCUAGGGUUCACAGCUUCAAAGUAUUUUUUUGAUGCAAAUCUUUGUCUGAUUUGUGUAAAAAUGUCUUCUUUCUACAUUUUCUUGCUGACAUUGAUCUUGUUUUGGUUUUCUCAAUGCUCUUAUGCCCGUAUUUUCACCUUACAAAUACACCACCGCUUCUCUGAACCGGUGAAGAAAUGGUCCCAACGAGCGGGAAAACAUUUUCCGGCAAAUCAUUGGCCGGAGAAAGGUAGUAUCGAGUACUACGCACGACUGGCCCACCAUGAUCGUGUUUUUCGAGGACGGAGGCUCUCGGAAUUGGACGGACCACUCGUAUUCUCCAACGGCAAUGAGACUUUCCGGAUCAGCUCAUUGGGAUUUUUGCAUUACACGACGGUGUCGCUAGGGACGCCGGCCAUGGACUUUCUGGUGGCGCUUGAUACGGGGAGCGACCUAUUUUGGGUGCCUUGUGAUUGUGGCAGUUGUGCAUCUACUGCCGACACCCCUUAUAGCUCCGUUACACUAGAGGAGACACAUAAUGAGAGCGGCUAUUCCAAGGAUGCAUGGAUGGGUGAUCAAGACAUCACAGACUCGAGUGCUGCACUUUGGCAUGGAUACUUGGAUUUUGAGCUUAGCAUAUACAGCCCAAAUGAAUCAUCAACAAGCAAAAAGGUCACUUGUGACCAUAGCUUGUGCACACACCAUAGUAGCUGCCUCGGAACAUUUAGCCAAUGCCCUUACUCAGUUUCCUAUGUCUCAUCUGAAACUUCAACUUCUGGGAUAUUGGUGGAGGAUGUUCUGCACUUAAAGACAGAAGGCAAUGAUCCAGCUAUGGUUGAUGCAUACAUCACGUUUGGCUGUGGACAGGUUCAAACUGGUUCAUUUCUAGAUGUUGCAGCUCCAAAUGGUUUAUUUGGGCUUGGCUUGGAGAAGAUAUCAGUUCCUAGCAUUUUGUCCCAAGAGCAUUACACAGCAGAUUCUUUCUCCAUGUGUUUUGGGCGUGAUGGAACCGGUAGGAUUAACUUUGGAGAUAAGGGUAGUCUUGACCAGGAAGAGACCCCAUUUAAUAUAGAUCCAUUACGUAAUCCAACCUAUAAUAUAGCUGUGACUCAAAUUCGAGUGGGGACUACUCUCAUUGACUUGGAUUUCACAGCUCUUUUUGACUCUGGGACCUCCUUCACAUAUCUGGUUGACCCUCCCUAUACAAGGCUUUCAGAGAGUUUCCAUUCACAAGCCCAAGAUAAGCAGCGGACACCUGAUCCAAGGAUCCCUUUCGAAUAUUGUUAUGAUAUGAGUCCUGAUGCAAAUACUAGUUUGAUUCCUAGUAUGAGUCUAUCUAUGAAAGGAGGAGGCCAAUUUGCCGUUUAUGAUCCAAUAAUUGUCAUCUCCGUGCAGCGUGAUCUUGUAUAUUGCCUAGCUGUCGUCAAGAGUCAAGAACUGAAUAUUAUUGGACAAAAUUUUAUGACGGGAUACCGCAUUGUAUUUGACCGAGAAAAACUCGUCCUUGGCUGGAAGAAGUUUGAUUGUUAUGACAUUGAUGACCACAGCACUUUCCAAUCAGAAUUGCAGAACUCUACUAAUGUGCCUCCUGCUGUCACUGUUGGACUAGGCAACAACUACUCUACUCCAAAAUCAGAAGAGACCAAGAAUACUGCUCGGAGCUCAGUUGCAUCACCAUUUUAUGGCAGGCAUGCUUUGUCUAUGAUUGUUUCCAGCUUCAGAUUUAUCUUCUUAUUCUUCCUAUUAUUAUAGCCUUUCUAUGGUCCUUUUUAGCUGACCCUGUACAGUUCCAUGUCAUACUAGUUUUUAGGUUACACAGUUGUGCCACAUUCUGCUGUAAACCCACCCUGCACAUCUUGUCCAAUGGGAAAUUUUGCUUUUCCUUUGGCCCAUUUGUAUCCCAGAUUAUAUUUGGUCCUGGGUGUAGAUAUAUGGAGUAAAUACACACACAUGAAAAGCUGUCAUUGAACCACUUCAGUUCUCUUCUGCCCUUUUUUUUUGGGUACUUGAUGUAACCUGUUAUUUCUCAUAGAUUCUAAUUUGAAGGUACAAAACAGUCUACAACAUGUAUGCAAACAUUUGGAUGCCGUAUGAAAAUGAAAUUAUACAUGCUUGUUUUAUUAUUGUUUU